UGAAAAGUACACAAACAUAAGAGCUCUUUCGCUUUUCUUCUUUCUUUAGUUUGUUCUGCUUUGAUUUAGAGAAUAUAAAGAUGGUCAAUGUCGGUAUAAUUGGUUGUGGAUUUGUUGGUGCUGAGUUGAUUGCUCAACUCCAUGCUACUCGUUCAAGCGCCAGACGUUUGAAGGUAGUCGGUAUUACUAACGUCAAGCAGAUGUUAUUAUCUGAUAAGGAUUACACACCUCUUCACUUAACAAACUGGAAAUCCGAUCUCGAAAGCAAGGGUGUCACGCCUAAUCUAGAUGAUUUCAUCCAAUAUAUGGCAGGUUCCCCUGAGCAUGCUGUGAUAGUCGAUUGUACAGCUUCUGAAGCCGUUGCCAAUAUGUAUCCUUCUUGGCUUAAACUCAACCUCUCCGUUGUUACCCCUAACAAAAAGGCUUUUUCAGGUCAACUUAGUCUCUUCAAAGAAAUUCAUUUAUUGUCUGCUAAUUAUAGUGGUAAUGGACGUACUCCAAUGACCUAUCAUGAAUCUACUGUUGGCGCCGGGCUUCCUGUUUUGAAUACGUUGACUGAUUUAUUAAAGACUGGUGAUGAAAUCACAAUGAUUGAAGGCAUCUUUUCCGGCACUCUCUCUUAUCUUUUCAACAACUUCUCUUCUACAUCUGAUGGCCCUUCAAAGGGCACUUUCUCUGAAAUUGUCAAGGUUGCUAAAGAACUUGGUUAUACCGAACCAGAUCCACGUGAUGAUUUAAACGGUAUGGACGUUGCUCGUAAGGUUACUAUCUGUGGUCGUUUAGCCGGUUUGGAUUUGGAUUUAUCAACAUUGAAUGUUGAAAAUAUUGUUCCCGAGGCUCUCAGAAAUGUAGCAACAGCAGACGAAUUCAUGACCAAGUUACCCGAAUUCGAUGAUCACUUUUCCAAGUUGAAUGAAGACGCUAAGAAGGAAGGUAAAGUGUUGCGUUAUGUCGGUGUUGUCGAUCCCAAAGGAAACAGUGGCGUCAAAUUGAUGAAAUAUCCUGCUGACCACCCCUUUGCUGGCCUUCAAGGCAGUGAUAAUAUCAUCAAAUUCACAACGAAAUACUUUCCAAAUGGUAUCAUUAUUCAGGGCGCUGGUGCUGGUGGCCCACCUACUGCUUAUGGCAUUUUCUCGGAUCUUCUUAAAGUUCAAGAACGCGUUGAAGGAUUCUAAACAGCUGCAUUGUUUAGAUGUACAUUAUUCUCAUUUAAUAAACAAAAGUAUGAUAUAUUACCACUUAAACUCUCAAGGCUCUAACACAUUAACAGGGACAAUAUUUUAUAUGUGGC